AUGGCUUUAGCUCGUACUGGCCAUCGAUCCAUCACCCUCGUCAACACGCUCACUCCCACUCGCAAAACCCUUAUUGGCACUGGUGCUGUCGUUGCGUCUGUCGCUGCCAUCUCUUCUGGCCUUCUGAACAACACCGCUACCACCCCCACCGUCACCUCUGCGCUCAACAAGGCCGUCUUGGCAGCUCCCGCCCUCUUCCUCUCUCACCCGCGCCUCUUCUCCUCUUCAUCGACACCAGCAUUCAAGAUGGGCUCCACCGCUUCGUCGCAAGACGCCCCCGAGUCCUUCCCCAAAGGCAUGUCCAAUACGGAAUGGCGUACCAAGCUCAACGCGGAACAGUUCCGCAUCCUGCGGGAGAAGGGCACUGAGAUGGCGGGGACGGGAAAAUACAACAAGCACUACCCCAAGGACGGCGUCUAUACGUGUGCCGGCUGCGACUCGCCGCUGUACAAGGCCACGACCAAGUUCGACUCGGGCUGUGGCUGGCCCGCUUUCUUUGACGCAAUUCCGGGUGCGAUCGACCGACACUCGGACCGGAGCUGGGGUAUGGAACGCAUCGAGAUCACUUGCAAGAACUGCGGUGGCCACUUGGGUCACGUUUUCAAGGGCGAAGGCUUCAAUACGCCCACAAACGAGCGUCAUUGUGUCAACAGUGUCUCGAUCAACUUUGAUAAGGAGGAUGCCAAGAUUUGA